UUGUUUGACGCCGCACAAACGGGUUAUAUUGUUGAAGUUGCAUGCAACAUAAGCAUCUGUUGCUGAAUCCAAUUUUUCGAACCCGCUUUCCUUCACUUACUUAUUCGUCGCCCGUCUGGCAUUACAAAUUCUGAACUCUAAUUUUGCACAGAAAUUUCACUUUUUACCCCGUUUCAUCAAAUCGAAAGAAAGCAGAGCAAAUUGUCUUGAUAAAAAGCAUUGUGAUAACAAGCAUGUACAAAAUAACUAGAAAUAGGCGAUAACAAACGAUAAACGAACACUGGGAGAAAAAAACGAAGUCUAUAUACACCACAAAAAUAACAAAUUUAAUAAAUGGAUCAUUUAGUUAAUAACUCAAACCGUAAAAACGAAAAAUAAAUCGAACCACGAACACUAAAAAAACAAAACAGUUGUUUUGAAAUAAUUAAAAACGAAAAAACUUGCAUGGCAAAAAAUAACCGAGAUUGACAUCGCUACAAAAAUGAUGUAUAUUACGUACCAUGCUUAAUACAAAAUAAGUGCACACUAAAACAACGAAAUCAAAGAAAUAUUAAAGUUGGCCCGUUGAUGGUUUACGUUUCGCAACAAGCAAGGAUAUUCCGGCAAGAUGAUCAAACUGAAAUCCUUGUUCCGCAGAGGACAGGGCACCUCCAGCUCGAAUUCUUCCAAUUCGUCGCACAAGCAGCAGCAGCAGUCCUCCAACAACAACCGCCAAAAGUCCCAGUCGAGCACUUCAUUAAAUACCGCCCACGAGCAGCAGCAACAACAGCAACAGCAGCAGCAACCGCAAAAACAGCAACACAACAAUACAGCAGCAGCAACAACAAAAUUUUACGCCCACGAAGAGGCGGCCAGCUACGAAAGGGGCGUGGAUGUGGGCGACGAGGAGGCGCUGCUGCUAACCAACCAGCAGCAACAGAGGCGACAACAGCAGCAGCAGCAGCAGCAACAGAGCAAUACAUUGCCGCAAAAGAAAUCCAAGCUAAAGGGACAAAAGCAGCCAAAGCAAUUGCCAGUGCAGCAGCAACACAGCAAUGCACCUGAUCCACAGCCGCAGCAACAGCAGCAGCAGCAACCACUGAUGACUUCCUUGGCAGCCGUGCCGCAGGCAGCAGCAACUGGCAACAGCAGCAGCAGCAACAUCAACAACAAUAACGCAUUGGCCGCGCUGCAAGAUGGUGGCGCUGCUGCCGCCGCUGCAGCAGAUUUCUAUCAGCAACUAGCAGCAGCAGCGACAGCAACAUCGGCAAACGGCAGCAACACCAGCGCAGAUAGUCCGGCCAACGCUUUUCCCGCAGCAGCAGCAGCCGUUGCUGUUGCCGCUGUGGCAGCCAGCAGCUAUCAGCAACAACAACAGCAACAACAGCAGCUCAUCAACAACGAACAGCAGCAACAGCAACUCUUAGAGGCUAACAACAAAAUGCAGGAGCUGCACAAGCAGCUAGAGAGAUUGGGAAGCGAGCAACUGCAGCUGGAGACACGCAUCACGGAGCUGUUGCCAUACCAAAGCGAGGUGGCCAAGCUGAAGGGCGAUCUGGUUAAGAUGCAGGUGCGCAAUAGUCUACAGGAAAAGACCCAGAUGGAGAUCGGCAACCUGAAAUACGAGAAUGAAUCUCUGCGCAAUCGGCUGCGGGAUGUUGUGAACUCGCCGCUGUCUGAUGCGGAGAAGCACCAGAUCAUACAAGACUCGCAGCGGCUGCACAGCUCGGCGCCCGCCUCGAUAGCCCUGCCCAGUACAAACGAUGCGCAUGAUGGCACACCCUGCCUCACGCCCGACUGGGAUAAACAGUCCUCCUCCAGCGAGAUAUCUGUAGCCUGUCUACAGGACAAGAUCAUUCAGAUGGAGGAGACGCACUAUUCCACUAACGAGGAACUUCAGGCCACGCUGCAGGAGUUGGCCGACCUGCAAACGCAGCUGAUGGACACGCAGACGGAGAACGAGCGUCUCGCCGAGGAGAAAGAUGUGCUCUUCCAGUCGCUUUGUCGGCAGACCGAAAAGCUGAAUGAAUCGCGCACGCAGAUCAGCACGCUGCAGGAACUGCUUCUGCGGGACACCAAACAAGCGGCAUCUGAAGUCAGUGCUUCGGAGCGUGAGCAGAAGCUGCUCGAUUUGAUCAAGACAUCGCAGGAGGAACGCGAGGCUGUUCUGCUCAAGCAGGAGGAGCUAAAUGCCGAGCUGGCGGAGCUGAAGCAGGCUCGCGAAGCUGCCCAGCAGGAGCAGCAGCGCCAGCGGGAGCGGAUUGCCCUGCUAGAUUCCCAAUUGGAUGCAGCCAAUGCGGAGCGGCGGCAAGGAGAGGCUCAGUUCUCGCAGGCCAAGGAGGAGAUCUCGCAGCGGGCCAUCGAAAUCAGUCGGUUGAGCACCCUGCUGGAGAACGCCCGCUCUAAGAUCGAAGAGUUGGAAGCCGAUUUGGCCCGAGGUGACAAGACGGACCUAAGCGAUGUGCUGGACGUGGCCAGGAAGGAGAAGGACGCCCUGGAAGAACGUGUGGCCGAGUUGCAGGAUCAGUGCUCGCGCAGCCAGGCCGAGCUGAGAAGACUGCGCGAGCAACUCUCCGGUUUAACCGAGGAAUGCAAGGUGGCCAAGAACAAUGCCAAGUGUGCGGUCUCCCACCUCGAAUAUCGAUUGGAGCAACUGCAACGGGACAAGGACAAGAUAGCCGGCGAAUGGCAGGCGCUCGAGGAACGCGUGGCCGAGUUGCAGGUGCAGUGUAAGUGCCACCAGGAGGACAAGGCCCAGCUGCAGUCCUUGCUAAGCGAAACUCAGCGCCACCUGGGCGAUGUUCAACUACAGCUGGGCGAGACGGAGUGCCGGCUCGACCAGGAGACACAGCUGCGGCGCAAGGAGGCCGAGGAGUGGCAACAGUUCCAGGCCGAUCUGCUUAUGACGGUGCGAGUGGCCAACGACUUCAAGACUGAGGCGCUCAGCGCCCGGGAGCAGCUCGUGCUCGACAACAAGACGCAGAAGGAAAAGAUCAGACUGCUGGAGCAGCAGCUCGAGAAGCUCACCAAGCAGCAACUGCAGCAGACGGCGGAGACUCCACAGUCGGUGCUGUCCACAGUACAGCGUGAGAUGGAAAUGGCCACGCGGCGCAGCAAGCUGAGCUUCAGCCGCCAGGACUCGCGACUUUCUGUUAAAACGCUGAUCGAGAGCAUCGAGAACAACAAGGCGCAGGGUAAAGCAGACGAAGCGGAAUCCCAUUACAGUUCGACGUCCAGUCUAAAUAGCGGCACUCCGGAGCUGGGAACCACGCCGAUUAUCUUUCCCCCCUCCAGUGAUUGGCAUGAAAGCCUUCGCUUACCAGUGCUGCAGAGCAGCAAUCUGCAUGUGAACGUGGGCAAUCAGGCGGGCGUCGGAACAGGAGCAGCUAUUUCAACUGGCAACGGAGGAGGAGGAGGAGGCUCAGCUAGCACAACCAAAGCCACAUUGCCACUGCGUGAUCAACAGCAGCAGCAGCCGCAGAUUUCUGCAGCAACAACGCCCCAAAGUCAAAUUCAGAUGCAGAACGUUUCCCAGCCCUCGACGCCGGCCACGCCCAGCAGUGCGGGCAGCAGCAGCAGCAGCGGCCUGCCCUUCGGCAAUGUCUCAAAGUCCUUCAUUAGCGGCGAACGAAAGGACCCGCUAAACAUGCUGGCCAAGAACGGCGGCUCAAAGCGCAACGCGCUGCUAAAGUGGUGCCAGAACAAGACAGUGGGCUAUCGCAACAUCGACAUUACCAACUUCAGCUCGUCGUGGAACGAUGGCUUGGCGUUCUGUGCCAUUCUGCACUCAUAUCUCCCGGACCGCAUUCCCUACGAUCAACUGAGUCCGGCCAACAAGCGGCGCAACUUUUCGCUGGCGUUCGCGGCUGCCGAGUCCGUCGGAAUUGGCACCACCCUGAACAUCAAUGACAUGUGUCAGAUCGAACGACCCGACUGGAUGCAGGUGAUGUCCUACGUGACGGCUAUCUACAAGUACUUUGAGACCUAGAGGAGGGAACUCUUGACGACUACGACUGUCCGCUGCCCUCCACUCUGGGCUCUCUUCUGUAGUGGUAGUAGAGUAGGGUUCGCUUUACUUUCAAUAUACAUCUCUUAGCUUUUUUUGUUCUUGAUACAUACAUACCUUCUUCUUUUUUUUUUUUUUUGUUGUUGUGUAUAUUCAGCAUUUCCAGCCUGGACAGCAAGCAAAUCUUUAAUCAAUCAAGUAUUCUGUUUUAGUGUGUCUACGUCCAAAUCCUUGCCCAUGUACAGUGGUCACUCGGUGCAGUGGCACAUAUUUAGGUAUCGCAUCUGUAAAAUGCAUUUGUUUGUUUUUCCGGUUUUACAGACGACCACCCAUUUAGCACUAAGUUUAAGCUUAACGAUUAAUUUUAAUGGAGUUUGGAAGGUUGUUCGGGUCCAUCACUCCAGCGUCAACGAACGAUGACUCCUACAGCCAGUGUCCACUGUACAGGGGCAAGGUAGCUCAUUUUUUUAUUGCUUGGUACAGAGUUUAUUUUUACAUGCAAAUCGACGAUGGAGGACACUUAGCUUGACGAUGAGCAUAACUAUAGAGAUAAUAAGGAGAUGGUCCGAACUAUUAUAGCUUUAGCGUAUAUAUUUAAUAUUUAUUCCAACUACAUCAGAUCACUAAUUUAAACGCAAACAAAAUGUAUUUUUUUCAACGAUUCAUUCUACGAUCUACCAUAAAGAACAAAAUGCUGCAAGAAAUGGCAGUGAACAAGUAA